CAAUAUCAAAUGAAGAAGAAGAAGAAAUAAUAAUGGAGUGCAGUCUGUGUGGCGACGUGGGCUUUCAACUCUAUUUAUUCCAGUGCACAAAAUGUCUAAUGCGUUUUCAACAUCAAUAUUGCAGCAGAGCAUAUUAUGAGAGAAUAUCAAUUGAGAGUAUCAGUGAAGUGUGUGACUGGUGCUUCUGUAUUCAAGAGGAAGAUCCAGGCUCUGACGUUAAGAUUAAAAUCAGGGAUUCUUUUAAAAUAAUGAGAAAUUGUGCUGGUUCUGAGGAGUGUACAAACAUGAACCACAAUAGCAAAGGCAAGAGAAAUUUGAGAAAAUCUUGUGCCGGCAUUAAUGGACAGAUAGCCAGUGAGCUUAAGAGGCAGAGGAAUCCUGAACUUAUAUACAGUACUGAAAGAAGAAUUGGGAAGAAGUAUAAGCUUCUUGAUGAAAUUGUCUGUUGAUUGCAAUGGUUUACAUUGUAGAGAAGCUAAUUUUUGAUAAAUCGGAGCUUAACGAAUAAAUACUUUCCAAAUGAGAGUGGUGAAAGUUAUUGUCUAGACCAUCUUUUCAGUUCUGUGUCUUGUGAGACCAUCAAAUGGGUAUAGAAAAAGAGAAUCGAAAAUCAUACUCUUAGCUGAAAAUUGAACAUUGGAAUUUGUCAAGAGGCUGUGGAGGCGCCACCACCACCUUGACAGGGGUUUUGUAAGGAGUUCUUUUGGCUCUUUCUGUAAAAAAUUCUUCCAAAUGUUUAUAGCAUGACAUCUUGGCAAAUCCACUCUUUUAU